AUGCCUUCACCUCCACAACAGGCUACGUUUGUACAAGCGAUGGAACAUCAUACAGACUGGAUUAAUGACUUGAUCCUGUGUUGUAAUGGAAGAUUUCUGCUGUCAGCUUCUAACGAUACCACAGUAAAAGUAUGGAAUGCCACGAAACAUUUCUGUAUGUCAACAUUACGAACACACAAGGAUUACGUGAGUUGCUUAGCGUACGCCAGGGAACACGAAAAAGCGGCCAGUGCAGGAUAUGAUCAAUCAAUUUAUCUGUGGGACAUUGCUACGCUAACGAAACUUACUACUACCAACAACACUGUGACCACUUCAUCUUUGAUGGGUUGCAAGAACAGCAUCUAUGCGUUGGCCAUGAACGAUUCGGGAACGGUAAUUGUAUCUGGCAGUACGGAAAAGGUUCUUCGAAUCUGGGAUCCUAGAACUUGUCAAAAGAUAAUGAAGCUUCGUGGACAUACCGAAAACAUACGAGCUAUUGUUAUUAGUCCUGAUGGUACAAAGUGCAUAUCAGCAAGCGCGGACGCAACGGUCCGUUUAUGGGACCUAGGUCAGCAGCGAUGUAUUGCCACUUGUUUAGCCCACCAAGAAGGCGUUUGGACAUUGCAGACAGACAACGCGUUCUCGUUUGUGUACAGUGCUGGCAGAGACAGACGGGUCUUUAGAACACCAAUUUGUGAUUUUACCCAAAGUUACCUUUUGUUCGAGGAAGAUGCGUUUGUGAAGAAAUUAUUGCUGGAUGAUCACGACCGUCCCUCAGCAAUCUGGUCUGCCACCUGGAAUUCAACCAUAAAAAGGUGGCCAUUACCUUCGAACACCCAGUUAUCGAUAGGAGAUGGUCAGUUAGAAGACGACUUUGCUCAUCUUUCUAUGAAUGCCUUACAUCGUUCGCCGGAUAUUGUCACGGCGGCUUCAAAUGUUUCCGGCGUCCCAAACUCCCUCUACUUCCCUGGUGGAGGGAAGUGUAGGAGGGUGGCUGAUUUUGGUAAGAGACCAUUCGAGGACGUCGUAUUGGAGCACAAUCGAAAAGUUUUCGUGCCAAGCUGGUUUUCUGUAGAUUACAAGAGCGGUAUGCUACAAAUAACGCUUGAAGAAGGCGACGUGUUCUCUGCAUGGUUGUCAGCGAAAGACGCUGGUGUUGAGGAUUCGGAUAACAAGAUUAAUUAUGGUGGAAUGAUGCUCCGCUCCCUUUUCGAACAUUAUCAACACUGUGAUAUGGGUGCGGAUGGAUCCGAAACAGCUCUGGCCACUGCUGGCUACAUUUCGAUUCCAGGCCAUACGCCCAUCAUAUUGUCAGAAGUCAAUGGACGUACGGUUCUACGAUUACUGGUACGUGAUGCUGCCAACGAGGCAGAAUCAGCUUGCUUAGCGAAGGAUCUACCAGAGUGGAUAACCGCAGUUGUUGAAAGAAGUAUGCUACCAAAAUUCACAAAGAUGCCUUUCUACCUUCUGCCACACGCUAGCUUGAAUGUAAAGACGCCGAAAAAAGAUCGCCUUUCUGCUACCGAAAUGCUGCAAGUUCGUAAAGUAAUGGAACAUGUGUAUGAGAAGAUAUUGAACAGUCCGGAAUCAACAAUGGGGGAAACACCGAUGCCAGUUCAGAUUCCUACCAACAUAGAACAAAAGAUGGAACUCUACUGUAACGAACAAAUCCUUUGUUACUUGACGCAUUACCGUUCUUUCGCCUUCCCAUUGGUAUCCGCUAAUGACUUCCCAUUACUAUAUUUCCGAAGCCCAAAUCUCACAGAUAUGAGAUCAGCGUCAUCGAGUGAUGUGGAGCCGUCAUCGGAUGAGCAACCUCCGGUAUGGACGAGUGCAAGUUUUUUGGAACUUCGCACUGAAUUCUUAGCUGAUCGGACUGAGUUCAAGGCUUUAGAGAUCCUCAAGCGAAUGGUGGCUAUAGAUGUCAAACAGGUUGAUGCAAAUGCCUGGCUUGAAUGCAAAGAUUUGAUGUCAAUGCUGCUAAAUGCAAUCCCAGUCCAAACGUUGCUGGAAACUCAACAGAUUAUGCUGUUGACGGCUCUCGAGUCAUGCCCGUCGCACGUGGUUACUGCACUUGCUGCUCAUCUUACAGCCAAUCAAGAUGUCGUCUCACCACUGUUAAAUAGUGUAGCUCAAGCAGUAGCUGUAGCCUUCGCACGUCGGAUCAACGAUCCCGAUACAUUUGAGCAGUUGGCGACCUUACUUGCACCGGUAUCAAGUAAUCCACAAUUGCUUCAAGAACUUCAACAUCAGUUAGCGACGACCGAGAGUUCAGAGCAUCGUUUCAAAGUUUACCAGGUACUUCUUUGUGCCAUGCAACGCGGCUACUACACUCCUGCGCUUGCACCAAUGUUACAAAGUUUGGUAAAAGAGCUCUCAAGUGAAGACGUGCUAGUUGUGCUAGCAGCUAUGGAUGCUUUGUCGGAUGCAGCGAUCGCGUCCAGCGAGAGUGCCAAUAUUGUUAACGAAUCGGGAGCUCCCCAGAAGGUCCGGCAUUUUGACAUAGUUGAUGCUUCACAGCGAGUAUUGGCUUUUGAUACUCUGGCACAAGUUGCGUACAAAGCUGAGGCGAAGCAAAAUCUGCAGCGAUUACUCGGUGACCAAGGCGUAUCGCGUGUGAUGGAGGCUUUUGCUGCGUCUUUAUCCAGUGGACCAAUCGAACUUCGUGCCCGACAUCUUGAAGCAUUUGCGACUCUUUUUCAACAUGGCGACGAUUCGCUGUUGUCACAAUGGUUUUCUUACUUGGGUUCACCAAUGCCAUCUGUACUAUUGAGCCUAGUCCAGAAACCCUUCCCUGAUCUACGUUUGGCAUCACUUCAUGCCUUUGCUUCCCUGCUAGCACAUCCUUUCGGCUUGCAAACGUUCCUCGGGCUGUCAGGCUUCCUUGACUGGCUGUUGGACCAGUCUACUGAACAUGAAUGGGAAGCCGGCCGUCUGAAGGCGGACAUCAUCCGAGCCCUGAUCGCCAGUAAUUCAUCACUUAUCGACGCGCCUUUGAAAUUACGAUUGAAGGCAUAUUUCGUAGCACCAAAACGCGAUCCCGAAGUGGAGAUGAUGUUGUAG